GGGAAUCAUAUCCGCAUUUAGCGAGCGGCCGAACGUUAAUGCAACGCAGAGAUUCUGGUUUUAAUAGAAAAUCAGUGCGCUUGCUGUCAGAAACUCCCGAUGGUAAAUCGCAAUGUCCUUGUCAGUGUUUCAAACGUACGUAGUAACAGUUAGAGAACUAUGAAACAGUAUCAAGGCGAGUAUCUUGUGAUUUGUCCUCUAACUUGCCUUGUUGUUGAAGGAAGGCUGUUACAAGCUCAUACGAGCUGAAGGAAGCUCGUUUCAGCGGCUCGUCUUUUCUGCUGAACGUUACUGUCAAUGUGUGCUUCCGGUUAAAACAAUUCCCUUGUUCUGGUCUUUUCGGUCAGUGUUAUGUCUGGUUAUGCUAUGGAGAAAUCAUCCUGGUAUAUGUUAUUUCAUUUUAAAUUUUCUUUUUUGCUGCGGAAAACUCUAUGGCUAGCUUAGUGAAUUCAAAGACGAGCGAGGGAACUGCUCGGGCUUCUUAUGUUCUAUUGUAGCUUAUUGUCACUGAGAAGUCUAGCACCAGCGGAUUUGAUGCGUCAAUAAAGUUAUUAUAUUGUAUUGGUGAAAAUCUGGGUGUCAGCGAUUCGAAGGGGAACCAAGGGACAAUAGCUGCAGUGAAUCUAAAUAUAGCGGGUGUCACAUAAACAGGAAAUACGUCUUGAGGACGGUAGCGUACGAUUGGCUCGCGCUUGAUUACACUCUAUGAGAGCACACAAUUUGUUAUACAGCAUCGUAAGCCGUUUUGGAUCACUUGCACCGUCGCACCAUGGACAGCAAGACAGUUCUGUGUGCCUCUGUCACUGGAACAGUAACUUUAAAAGAUGACAAAGACUCUGAGACAUACAAGAUUACCGUUGUUUAUGGCGACGGCAGCAAGUCUGUACUUCAAAAGAAGUAUGAAGAAUUUGUAGACUUUCAAGUUACAGUUUAUGACUUACUCAAGAGUGAGGUUGGCUAUUCAAAAAAGACUUCAAGAAGUCUUAUUACCAGCCUGCCAGAAAAUACCCCAGGAUUAUCCCGCAUUCUCUUUAAGGACAGUGAUUUGAAAAAAAUGGGGAGAAUGGAUAAUUUCAUGAAGGAGCUGUUGGCCCUUCCAAGUGCAGUGCAAGAAUCUGAAGCGGUCCUGAAAUUUUUCGGUGCCCUUAACAGAAAAAAGGGAACAAUUGAAAGGUCCUCAGAAGAUGAGAAAUUGAAAACCGUCAACAAAGUAGCUGAAAUGUUAAGUGGUCGAGAUCCGCUCAGAAAUAUACCUGAACAAAGUCCAUUAGUAAAGAGAAAGGCGAAACAUAACUCGAACAGGAUUGCGGAGGACCAGACUGUCCUCAGCGGGGAAACAAGUGAUCACAAAACAUUGCUCAGAUUGAAUGCACGACAGCCUGAUAAAAGUAUUCCAGUGAUUACUGGUAAAGCGAGAGCAGCCACCUUGGAUGAUGAAAUUCUCAUCCGAAACACGGCAUCUCAAAGACCUGGUCUGAAGAAGAGGCCUUUCAGUGCUGGUGUCGGUCUUGCUGAUUUUGUCAGGCAAACUGAGGAACUGAAAGGAAGGAUGCUCGGGAGAGAAGAAAGCCUUUCAGCACAUGACGAGAAUUCAGUCAUUGAUUCUGAGUAUUCUAAAGUGGCGGAGACACACUUCAGACCCGAAAUUCUUGUAACGCAUUGCCAUGGAACAGCGAGCCCCAAUAGGAAAACGCAUGUCGUUAUUGCGUCAUAUUUAGCAGAGGAAAGCGGCGAGGUGUCCCUAGAGGAGGGCGAGGAGUUUGACUUGCUACAGAAAGAGUCUAACGGUUGGUGGUACGUCAAAAAUGAUUUCUGUGAGGGGUGGGCACCAAGUGCUUUCCUGGCACCUGCCAGAUCCAGGCCCCCAUCUCCAGAGACGCCAGAUCAGCAGCAAGUUUCAGACAGUCAGGAAGAGUCUUGCCACAUCAAAGAAAAUUUGGAAACCUGUCCCAAAGAGCAAGGUGUUGACCAGAUAAAAUUCGCCCCUCAAGGAAAAGAGAAGUCUCCAGAUAAAAACGUUGCAAGACAAGCUCAGACGAUGACAACCGAAAUGAACCGACGAGCCAAGUUCCUUACAGUUGAAGGAAUACAAAAGAGGAAGAAUCCUGAUAAAAACUACGUUUAUAUUGUCAAAGUGGUGUGGUCAGAUGGAAAUAUCAAUAUAAUUUACAGGACAUGCAGCGAUUUUUUCUUUCUUCAGGAAAACCUCAGAAAGGAAUUUCCGACAGCCAUUGGAAAGGAAAUCCCUGCGCUUAAAGGGAGGAAAUUCAAUGAAAACUGCCAGCUCUGCUUUAAAGAUGGAACGUGCAAGAGACAGAAGUUCAUGAAUCAAUUCUGCCACGAACUAAUCAAUGCACCUGACAACAUCUCAAAAAGCAAAGUUGUUAUGGACUUCUGCAGGUCUCGUGCCAGUGAUGUCCAUUCUCAUGGAAAGGCUACGAAAAAGGAUGGGAAGUCACCAAAGACUGAGGACAACAACGUGGAGAUCUCGGCACCAAUGAUGUUUGAACAAUACGUAGUGACAGCUGAUUACCAGAAGAAAAACAAGAAUGACAUUUCUCUCAAAGCUGGCGAUAUAAUUGAUGUCAUUGAACGGAACGACUACGGCUGGUGGCUUGUUGACCGGGAAGGAGAGUUAGGUUGGGCUCCUGCAUCUCAUCUUGAGCCCACGGACAACGGGUCAGAGAUUACAACGUCAAAAGUCUUUGCACCCGGAAAAGAGGAGAUAUACAUGUCUCUAGAAAGCUAUCAGGCUAAAGCUGACGAUGAGCUGACUUUUGAUGCUGACGUAAUGCUUAAAGUGGUGGAAAAGACUUUAGAUGGAUGGUGGCUCGUAAGGUACCAGGGAGAGGAAGGCUGGGCUCCUGCCAUGCUCCUAAAAAGAGUCAAUUCUGAUGAAUCCUCCACUUCAAUGAUAGGGGGAAAAGAUCCUUUGGACACAGUUUCCUUCACCGGAGAUUCUGAAGAUGGCGACAGCCAAAGAAUCCAGCGGCGGACAACUCCUACAAGGCGAAGCAUGGUUCAAAGACCACUCUGCAAGAGUAUACCAGACGGAGAAGACGGCAACGGCGAGACAAUCAUCACAUCUGGACCGAAAUCCAGCCCAUCAGUUCCAGUAGCAGACACAGCAAAUACCCCGCCCAUGAACAGAAUGGAUUCAAUGCGUUCCACAGGCGUAUCCUUGUCAAGCUCCUUGCCCCAGUCCCGAUUUUGCGAGUUUAAUCAGGGAGAAGUUCACAGUCCAUUCCAAACUCGCCAAUUCUCCGUUUCAAGCAGCGGGUAUGAAAGCUCGCUCACCGGGAGCUUUUCGUCCCUUGUGUCGCCUGACGCUCUUAACGAGGAAGAUUCUACUAAUGCCGGCAUCAAGAAGUGUGCCACAUAUCCUCGGUUUGACACUAUCGAGGGCGGCCCGGUAUUGUGGAAUCCUUCUCCAGGGAUGCUUCGUUCAAAAUCUCCAUCCUCCAUGGAACACGACAAGAACGAAAUGGGGUUGAGCUUGAAUGACAUCUCCUCAACAAGCAGAAUAUCACGUUCAGAAAGAAACAGUCCUGUUCCAUUUCAAAGAAAGAUUUCUGCAAGCGGAAUGAGCCAGUUUACAAGCUGCGAUAGUGGGUCGGUAGCGCCGUUGAAUACUUCUCCCAGAGAGUCUAAUUCGGAGAUUAAUAACGAGAGUGAUCAAAAUGAAAGCACUGCUUGCCAAAGAUUCUACAGAGCGAUGUACUCGUAUGAUUCUGCUGGCGAUGGUGAAGUUGCCUUCAGGGAGGGAGAUGAAGUAGAAGUGAUUCAACGAAGCGAGAAUGGCUGGUGGCUCGUGCGAACAUCAGAGAAAGUCGGAUGGGGACCUUCUAAUUUCUUAGAGUCUCUAUCAUACUGAAGCAUUCCCACCUUAUCAUGUAUAGAAGAAGAGAAAAGAACAAAAACACAGAGAACUUAAGACCGAAUGUACAAAAAAACUGUUACCUUGUUGUCAGAACUACGUAUUUUAGUUGUUACCAUCCAUAAUUCAUGAAUAUAGCGUCCUUUUUAGAGAAUUUAUCGUCGGGUUAGACGUACAAGAAACAUACGGAAGCGCUUGUGUUUUGGUGAUAUUUGGGUGUCUAAUUAACGAUUAUUCCACGAGCGCAAGUUCGAUAUAAUCAUCUCAGAUCCAACAAGCAGGAGUGGAAUAAUUAUUUUACUGAAAAUAUAGAAAACUAAAGUAAAAUAAGAUAUACUGAUAAAAACAAACCUUAAACGUACGUUUUCCAUAUUUGUAGCGCAUGGUAUAAUGGCUCAUAUACCAUGAUGGCUGAGCCGAUAAAAAUUCGUGAAUUUCAUUAUAAUGAUAUGUUAUAGUUAACAUACAUAACGUACAUACGCUUAUUCCACGUCCCAAGGGGCUUUUCAGUAAAAUAUGUAACAAAACAACAAUAAAAUACAAUAAAAUUAAUUCUAGUGAAUAAAAUUUAAAAUGCACUUAAAAAUUCAAAUCUAAUAGAAGCGAAAGAAUUAGAAGAAUUAAAGUACUCCCUACUAGAUAAAUUCAGUUAGCUAUCCAUUAAGAGUCUUUUCCUCAUCAAGGUCUUAAAAUGAGCUAACGAGUGACUUAACUUAAUAUUUUGAGGCAGAGCGUUCCAGAGGGAUACCAUACGGUAGUAAAAAGUGGUAGUAUUGUAAAACUAUGAAUGGCACACUUAUUUAAUUUGGACAAAUCAAAAAGUCUAUUAAUUCCAAUACGACAAAGGAAAUAACGCACUCAGGUAAUAGGCAGUUUCUCCUUAGUGUACUGCAAGCAAGUUUAAAAUGAAGUCAAGUUAUUUAAGUUCCACAUUUUCUCUUUUAUUCUACUUGUAUUAUGGACACAAUCGCUAGACUUCGGUGUUAGUAGAUAGAUGCUUAGUUUCUGCGCUAUUUAAUAUUUAACUUUUCUUUCUUUGCGCCAUAAAUGGUGAAGUAUUCAAAAUGCAUAUUAUAUUGUACGAAAAAGGUUAACAAAGGUCACUAGGCUGAGAUACGUUUGGUUUUAAUGUUAUAGAUUACAUUUUUACAUUGCUCAAGUAUAAAUAUUCAUUCAGUCUUUCAGAUAUAAUAUCUUUGCUGAGUAAGUAGUAAUUAUGGAAGCUUUCGAAGCUAUAGUUUGAGUGCUGAACAAUUACAAUUUUUUUUUCCUACUUUUUGUGGUACUCCUCUUGGAGCAAAUAUGUUCAGCAUGGUUUACAUGCAGGGGUUGAUUGAGUCUAACGUGACAAUUUUUCUUAGUUAAUUUUCAUAGUGUAAGUUACAAUAUGUCUAGCAUAUAUUCAACGUAAACGAGUUCUUGUACCAUGGACUUUCACAGAAUGUAAAUAGCAGAACACAAGUUAAGAAUACAAUUUUUAGAAAAUGGGUUAGAUUUACUGAGUUUAACUAAAUUGUGAAGAAGUUAUCGUAAUAAUCAGUGGUAUUGCGUACAAGUAUAGACAAGCGCAUUGGUACCAAUACCGGUUAGCCAUGUUGGAUUAAAACUUAGACCUUGUUUGCUAAAGCUGUGUUUAUCCAAUUCCAUCGUACUCUUGGAACAAGAACAUUACAGUUAUGGUUGACUGUUAAAUCAUGAAUGCAAAGAUAAAUCUCAUUGGGCGAAGCUUGGAGACGUUAUGUAUAUUUAUUGUUUUCAGUAUAAAGGUUUUUUUACUCUUUUUACUAUACUACCUUUAAGUUUUCUGUAACAGUCGUAACAUGCAAUAAAGAAGCCUCGAGUUAGGAAGCCAAA